AGCCCUCUGCUUCUAAAAUACAACCCAAUCUACAAGAGAAUACCUGUUCUUGUUCAAAAUGAAAGACCCAUUGUUGAAUCCCAACUCAUACUUGAAUAUAUUGAUGAGACUUGGAAACACAGCCCUCUGUUGUUGCCUCAGGAUCCUUACCAGAAGGCCAUGGCUCGUUUCUGGGCUAACUUUAUAGAUGACAAGAUAAAAAGGACACCAUCUACAAGGCAAACCACAAAAACCAAAAGGAUUUAUAUCUGAGAGACAUGGCAAGCCAAGACCAGGCGGUGAAGCUUUUGGGAGCAUGGUUCAGUCCAUUUGCUCACAGAGUGGAAGUAGCACUGAAGCUUAAGGGCAUCCCUUACGAGUUUGUGGAGGAAGAUUUAGCCAACAAGAGCCCUCUGCUUCUAAAAUACAACUCAAUCUACAAGAGAAUACCUAGAAUACCUGUUCUUGUUCAAAAUGAAAGACCCAUCGUUGAAUCCCAACUCAUACUUGAGUAUAUUGAUGAGACUUGGAAACACAGCCCUCUGUUGUUGCCUCAGGAUCCUUACCAGAAGGCCAUGGCUCGUUUCUGGGCUAACUUUAUAGAUGACAAG